AUGGUGAUAGAGCUACUAAGCAAAAUAUCUCAGAUUAACAGUGUGUUCAGCUUUCGAGCAAACGAAGAUUUCCUCGAGAAUGACAUCAGAGUAAAGCCAGAUCUUGAUGCCCUGGGUGCACUUGGUGAUGCUGGGUGGUACUGCAUCCGUGCAAUCCUGUGGGCUGUUGACUAUGAGUUGCCCAAGACUGUGAUCGCACUGCGUGACCCUGUAAAGAACCGAGCUGGUGUGCUUCUUGCGUGCGGCGCGACAUUGUACUGGGCAGAUGGCACGACUGCCACCUUCAGCUGCUCUUUCCUGGCCAAUCUCACCAUGGACAUCACCUUAGUUGGCACAAAUGGAACUAUCCAUGUCACUGACUUUAUCCUCCCAUACGAAGAGAAGUCGGUGGAGUUCCACGUGGCUUCGAAGUCAAACUUUAAUGAUCUCCACACUGGGUGGGAUCCUCUGCCAAGCAAACACGUCGUGGCGACGGACCUGCCACAGGAAGCCCUUAUGGUCCAGGAAUUCACGAGGCUCGUGCAGGGCAUCCGGGAUGCUGGGGGCAAGCCUGAGGGGAAGUGGCCGGCUAUCACCCGGAAGACGCAGCUGGUUUUGGAUGCUGUGAAAGCCUCGAUUGACAAAGGGUCUGAGCCAGUUGAGGUGGCUAGCUAA